AUGGACGGCCCCUCCAUCAUCAAGGAGCACGGCAAGGCCAUCAUCGACGCCAUCAAACAAACCGCCCAGAAUGACUGGAAGGUACUGGUUAUCGACGAAGGCACCAAGAGGAUAAUCGACAGCUCCAUCAACGAAGAUGACAUCCUCAACCACAAUAUCGCCAAUAUCGAGCGCAUCGAGGAGCGCAGGGAGAUGAACCCGGAAAUGGACGCCAUCUACUUCCUCUCGCCGUUACCGCACAUUGUCGAUUGUCUGCUCGCCGAUUUCGAGCGUAGGCGCUACAGGAGGGGGUUUAUUAUCUGGAGUGGUGCUUUGCCUGGUCAGCAAGAGCGUCGCUUGGAUGGCUUUCGAAGGCAGAUGGGAGGGCCCCCGGAUCUUUUGCUCGUCGACUUCCAUCCCCGCGAGGCGCGUGUUGUCACCUUUCUCGACCCGUCUAGUUUCCUCGUCUUGUACAAUCCCACGUGUAACGACUUAGUAGCACGGCAUCUGCGUAUAUUAGCGUCAAAGAUCGCCUCGCUCUGCAUCACCUUGCAAGAAGUCCCCAAGAUCCGGUACUACCAGCCGCCGGAACACGCCACUCACGAGGCGAGGGUCUUGUGCAUGCACCUAGCCCGGUUUGUUCAGCAGGAACUCGACGCCUACCAGCAGUUCAAUCGCCAAUUUCCUCCCCCGUCGCAACGGCCCCAGUCAGUUCUCCUCAUCACGGACAGAUCCAUGGACCUGAUGGCGCCACUUUUACACGAGUUCACGUACCAGGCCAUGAUCCACGACUUGCUCCCUAUCCGCGAGCAGGAGAACGGGAAAGUGACGUUUUUUAAUGACAAAGGUGAAACGCCAGAGGAGAAGGAAAUGGACCUGAGCGACAAGGACACCGUCUGGGUCAGCAACCGGCACGGCCACAUGAAAGAUACCAUUGACAAGCUCAUGAGCGAUUUCAAAAAGUUCAUGGCAGACAACCCUAACUUUAUAAACAAGGACUCCAAGGCGGCGACACUAACCGACAUCCGCGACAUGCUGGCGGGUUUGCCGCAGUUCAAGGAGCUGAAACAAGCCUACACCCUCCAUCUCACCAUGGCGCAGAAUGCCAUGAACAUCUUCCAGCAGUUCAAGCUGGCCGACGUGGCUGCCGUCGAGCAGACCCUAGCCACCGGUCUCGAUGAGGAGUACAAAAAGGCUAAGAACAUCCUGGACGAGGCCGUCCGCUUGCUCGACAACCCAAGUGUCGCACCUGCAGACAGGCUCCGCCUCAUCGCCCUAUACGUGCUCUACCGCGAUGGCCUCAUCGACAAGGACAUCAGCCGCCUCCUCUGGCACGCGUCCCUCCAGCAGUCCCGCGAUAGCCAAGACCAAACCGUCAUCGAAAACCUCAGCCUCCUUGGCGCCCGUCCUCUAAAAGAACUCAAAGAAACCCGCCCACCCGCACCCCCCUUAUUCCCAGCCCCCAACCUCAAAACAGCCAUCCCCGACGACGAUUACGCCCUCUCCCGCUUCGACCCAGCCAUCAAAUCCAUGCUCGAACACCUCUGCGCCGGCGACCUCGACCCAACCCUCUUCCCCUCCGUCAACCCUCCCCAAGACGACCCCAACGGCGCCGGUCUCGACCCCUACGCCACCGGUCCCGGCGCCGCCGGCCCAGGCGGCGGUUCCCUCCGCGCCGCAGCACCACGCUGGGCCUCCGCCAAUAGACGGCAAGCCGAAAACCGCCAGCGCAUUAUCGUCUUCGUCGCGGGCGGCGCUACUUUCUCCGAAUCCCGCGCCUGCUACGAAGUCGGCGAAAAACAAAACCGCGACAUCUUCCUCGCUACCACCCACAUGCUCACCCCGUCCAAGUUCCUCGCUGACCUCCGCGCACUGCGUGUCGACCGCCGCCGUCUCAACCUCCCGCUCGAUCGCCCACCGCCGAAGGCGCCAGCCCAUUUGUUUGAGAGGCCUGCUCCUCCACCGCAGUCGGUACCAUCCUCCCUGGCGCCACCGACCAAGGCGAUGGGGGGUAUGACUCUAGGAAGUGGGGGUGGUGGGGGUGGUGCUGGUGGGACACCGUCUGCUUCGGCUUCGUCGUUGGGAAGUGGAUUGGGCGGUGGUGGUGGGGGAGAUCUUAGGCCGGGGACGAGCGGGUCGGAUGGGGGAAAGAAGAAGGAGAAGAAGAAGAGGAAUAUUUUUGGGAUUAAGAAGAGUUGA